AUGGAAGAGUUAUGUUCUUCUUGCCAUGGCAAAGGUAAAGUUUUGGCCGGUACUACUGAUACUCCAUUAAAGAAAGUCCCUGAAAACCCAGUUCCAACCGAAGAAGAAAUUCAAGAUAUUAUCAGAGAAAUGCAAAAAUACCUUGUCUUCCCAAUUGAUAGAAACGAUGUCUUAUCUGCUUGGUCAGGUAUCAGACCAUUAGUCAGAGACCCAUCUACUAUUCCAAAAGGUCAAGAAGCUUCUGGUAAAACCGAAGGUUUGGUUCGUUCCCACUUGUUAGUUCAAUCUCCAACUGGUUUGGUCACCAUUUCUGGUGGUAAAUGGACCACUUACAGAGAAAUGGCCCAAGAAACUGUCGAUUACCUUGUUGACCAUUUCAACUAUGGUGACAAAAAGAUUUUACCUUGUCAAACCAACAAAUUGAUUUUGGUUGGUGGUGAAAACUAUACCAAGAACUAUUCUGCCAGAUUAAUCCAUGAAUACAAAAUCCCAUUGAAAUUGGCUAAGCACUUGUCACACAAUUAUGGUUCUAGAGCUCCUUUGGUCUUGGACUUGUAUGCUGAAAGUGAUUACAACAAAUUGCCAGUCACUUUGGCUGCGGCUAAAGAAUUUGAACCAUCAGUUAAAAGUGCCAAUGAAGAUAACCAAUUAAGUUAUCAAAGUUUCGAUGAACCAUUUACCGUUGCUGAAUUGAAAUACUCCUUGAAAUACGAAUACCCAAGAACUCCACUUGAUUUCUUGGCUAGAAGAACAAGAUUAGCAUUCUUGAACGCCAGAGAAGCACUUAAUGCCGUUGAUGGCGUUGUUGAAAUCAUGAGUAAAGAGUACGGCUGGGAUAAAGAAACUGAAGAUAGAUUGAGAAAAGAAGCCAGACAAUACAUUGGAAACAUGGGUAUUUCCCCAAAGAAAUUUGACGUUGAAAAAAUUGUUAUUCAAUAA